UUUCAAGACAGCGAGGCGACACAAGGAAAAAAAACAGCUGGAUCCGAGGAUCAGAGCAGCUAGCGGCUCAGCUAGCUCCUUCACCUCCUUCUCCUCGGCUGCCUGACCUCCAUAAGCUGGCUGUGAGGCUGAUGAUGUGGUGUGAAGAUGGAGGCUCCUGAAUACCUGGACCUGGAUGAGAUCGACUUCUCUGAUGAUUCAGUGUAUUCUGUGACGUCUCUAAAGAGCAUCCCAGAGUUGUCCAGGAGGAGUGAUGGCCAGGCCGAGGAGAGACCGGCUCCAGCCAUCAACUGGAGUCGCAGCGUUUCCUCCCACAGCGGCGGCGGUAUCAAACCCACGGGGCUCGCUGAGGUCCACAGUAAGUUCCGGCCGGUGAAGAGGGUCUCCCCUCUCAAACACCAACCAGAGACCACCGACUCCGACUGUGACGGUAAAGUCCAGGGACCGGGGCAGGGGGAGCCGGGGGAGGCCAGUAAGGAUGACCCCAGCUCUGACAAACAGACUCAUGCCUCCACCUCCUCUGAGGGGCCGGGAGGGAAGGCGAAGGGCGUUGGCGGCGGCAGCGUUGGGGUCGUCGGAGGGAACAACCCCCAGGCUUUGUUCGGGGAGCUGGAGCACUACGACCUGGACAUGGACGAGAUCCUGGACGUGCCUUAUAUCAAGUCCAGUCAGCAGAUGUCCACGCUGCCUCGCGUCCCCCACGACAAGCGCUCGGUGACGGGGAACAACCUUGGCGGAGGCACCCUGGAGAGGACCAGAGGAGGAGGGCUGAAGAGCUCCGCUUUACCCCAUAACGAGCCUCUGAGCCUGGGCAGCAGCAGCUCACAGACUCAGUACUGUGUUCUGUCUCCGGUGAAGUGGUCCGACCUGAGGAAGUCCAAGUCCAUGGAUCCAGACCUCCACCACCUCCACCGCUCCCCGGCUGGAGGAGGCUACCAGUCGGAGCUGCUGUCCUCUGGACUCCUCAGCUGCUCCUCCUCCCUCUCUUCUUUCUCUGAUGCAGACAAGCUGCUGUCAGCGCGGGUCUACCCCGACUCCCAGAGCCAGAGGCCGGGCGUGGAGCCUCCAGGGGGCCCGGGGAUGAUGUUCCCCCUGCCAGGGUGCAGUGUGGGCAGGCAGGACUCCUCCAAGUCCUGGGCUCCUGGACCAGGAGGAGGAGGAGGUGGAGGCGGAGGAAGCGGUGGGCCGAGGGGGUUCGGAGGAGGUGGAGGAGCAGGAGGGGAGGUGGACGAGGAGACCAAGAAGAACCAGAACAUCAUCAACAUCGUUAGAGAGGGACAGAUCUCUUUGCUGCCUCACCUGGCGGCAGACAACCUGGAGCUGAUCAGAGACGAGGACGGGAACAACCUUCUGCACAUCUCGGCCUGUCAGGGUCACGCUGACUGUCUGCAGCACCUCACCUCUCUGAUGGGGGAGGACGGCCUCAACGAACGCAACAACCAACAGCUCACCCCUGCUGGACUGGGAGUCAAGAAUGGUCAUCUGGAGUGUGUGAGGUGGAUGGUGAGUGAGACGGAGGCCAUCGCAGAGCUGAGCUGCACCAGAGAACAUCCCAGUCUGAUCCACUACGCUGCUCGCUAUGGACAGGAGAAGGUGCUGCUGUGGUUGCUUCAGUUCAUGCAGGAGCAGGCGAUCUCUCUGGACGAAGUCGACCAGAAUGGAAACACUGCCGUCCACGUGGCGGCUCAGUACGGACACCUCACAUGUAUACAGACUCUGGUGGAGUACGGCUCCAAUGUGACGGUGCAGAACCAGCAGGGGGAGCGGCCGUCCCAGAGUGCCGAGCGACAGGGACACACCACUUGUGCUCGGUACCUGGUUGUCGUGGAGACCUGCAUGUCGUUGGCCUCGCAGGUUGUCAAACUCACUAAACAGCUCAAUGAGCAGGCAACAGAGAGGAUGACUCUACAGAAACAACUGCAGAGACUGAUGGACCCCAACAAGGCAGAGGGGACACCUUCCAGAUCGCCCAGCUCCCAUCAGCCCUCAGUGGAGGCGUGGCCAGAGAUGAUGUUGACAGCGGAGGUGACUCCAGGGGACGGUUGGUUGGUCCGUCAGGGAGGGGUGGGUCCAGAUUCGGUGCUGCGGCAGCUGCUGGGGAAGGACAUGUCGGACACACUGUGUCCCAGGGAGAGGCUGCCCCCGGCGGGCGGCCCCGGGGCCACUGGGCCCCGCAGGACGGGGCUGGUGGAGAGGAGAGAGCUCAAACUGGCGAGACUCAGACAGAUCAUGCAGCGCUCUCUGAGUGAAUCCGAUUCGGACGGUUAUCCACCGGAGGAGGGUAAGAAUCAAGGAGCGGCGGCCGUGAGCACACUGCGACCUGAUAGGCCGUCCCAUCUGCCAAUUGCAGAGGAGGAGCCAGCGUCAAACCACCUUAACCUGAUGAUGAAGAAGCACCUGCCUUCCUCCUCCUCCUCUUCCACAGCUGACAGGAAGCUGGCGUUUUCACUCAGUGGGUCAAAGUCGGUAGACAGCGUGGGUUACAACCCCUCCCCCACCUCCAGCGACCCCGAGGCGGUGGACGGUAAAACACCAGACGCUUCCAGUGACUUCCACGACGGCGCCAACGGCCAGAAAGUUGCCACCAGCCCCAAGAGCGCCCUGAAGUCGCCCUCGUCUCGCAGGAAGACAUCUCAGAACCUCAAACUGAGAGUCACCUUUGACGAGCAAGUUCACAAGAGCUCCAGUCAGGAGGCGGAGCAGACCAAAGGGCAUCAUGGGAAGGAGAGGACUCCUACAGGAAGCUCUGAAAGCAAGCGGCCGUUCGGGGCGUUCCGCUCCAUCAUGGAGACGCUGAGCGGAAACACAAACCACAACAACAACAGUGGUGGUCAGUCAGGCUCCACCUGUCAGAACUCACCUGGCAGGAAGUCAGAGAGUAAAGGCAGCCCAGGAGGAGGCGGGGCCAGAGGCAAGAGCAAAACCAGUAACGUUUAACCAAUGAGUGCCUACUGAAGGGCAGAGAGCACAUAAUGAACAGACCGACUGAGCAAACAGCAAGAGGCAGACAACAUGAGAACUUUAUACUGGAAUUACAGUAGAGAUAUAUCUGACAUUAAUCACAGAUAAACCUACAUUACAUUACUUUCAGGCAUGUCUCACAGCUGAGUCACCGACUCAUUUUACUUCCUGUUUACCCAAAGUAUCAUGGGAACCAAAGUGCCAAAAGCACAAACAUAUUACCCCAAAACAAUGAAACAUUCCUGACAUGAUACAUCCAUGACCCACAUUUCUUUUUGUUUGAUAGCAUCAGUACAUUGUUUGACUAAACUAAGGCUCAGAAUUGUUUCUAGUACAUCACUAAUCUCCUUGGAACGUGACUCCCCUCCGUCGUUUAGAUACACAGGGUUCCUACACAAGUAUGGAAAAGUAUGGAAAUAAAUUUGAUCAAUUUCCAGGUAUUAAAAAGUAUGGAAAAUGAAAAAUAAAGUAUGGAAAAAUAUUUAUGUUUCCAGACUAUUACUACUGUUCUAAAAUACUGUUUUCUAAAAUAGAAAAUUAGGUAUUUCCAAAAAUAAUUUAAUCAAUCCGGAUCGUGUUUUAUGCCGGGCCAUGCACAGUUCAUGUGAGAGCAAACGUCUCAGAAAACAUACCGCCCCUUUUACCUGAUUGACAAGUGGUAUGUCCAGUCCGCUGCCCCAUGACCCUCCUCCAGCCCCCCCAGGUAUCAAGUUUCACUCCAACACUGCACCUUCGACAAGAAGACGAGUUUCACGUGGUUCACAAUGGGUAGAUGCAAGUUUUUGGAUGGAUGGCUUGACAAUACCGUAUAUAAAUACUGGUUGGCCAAGGAUUCCCAAUUCACACACAGAGCUAGAUGCAAGCUUUGUGUGAAAUCGUUUGACAUCGCCAACAUGGGGGAGAAGGCGAUUCUGAGCCACAUGAAAGGAAAAAACACUGACGUCUCGUUACUGCAUCGCUUGCACCCAGAGUCCCAACCUUUUCGCCUCAGCCCAAACAUUGAACUUACCUGAGUUUUUAUUUGCAUGCCAUUAUGGAACUUGGCUACAGUCGCCUAUUAAGAAUAAUUAAAUAUGAUGUGAAAUAUGAUACACUGAUAUAUUUACUCAGAUGUUGCAUAUUCUCUGGAAGAAAAAAAACACUGAGAAGUCUGGAAAUUAUGGUAUGGAGAAGUAUGGAAUUUUGAAAUUCCAAAUGCGUAGGAACCCUGUAUACAGAUAUUAAGUGAUGAAAACUUGCAAAUAUAACGAGAAAAAAUCUAAUUCACUUAAAUGAUGUGAAGGUUUUCAUGCCUCCAGAGGUAUUUUGUUUUCGGGUUGUCCGUCUGUCCCAUUCUUAGGAGUAUGAUCUCAAGAUUGCCUUUAGGGAUUUCUUCAAAUUUGGCACAAACGUUCAGUUGGACUAAAGAAUGAACAAAUAACAGUUUUGUAGUCAAAGGUCGCUGUAACAUUGCGUCCGUCUCAUUCUUGGGAACGCAGUAUCUCAAAAACACCUAAUGGGAAUUUCUGUAGAUUUGGCACAAACAUCCACUUGGACUAAAGAAUGUACAAAUUAGAAUUUGGUGCACAAAGGUCACAGUGACCUCACCAAACAUGUUUUCGGCCAUAACUCAAGAAUUCAUACGUUCAUUUUGACAAAACUUCCCACAGGUGUCUAACAGGAUAUUAUGAUGAAGUGAUGUGUGCCUGGUGGCUCAGUGGUUAGAGCAGGCGUCCCGAUAAAUACAGCCAUAAACAUUUUAAUCUGAGCACAGUCGAAAACAUCAGCAACACCUGUGCUGACUGGGAUGAAUUUAAAUACCAUGGGCCGCCUCAGCCAGUGACAGAAGCCACCUAGUGGCGUGGUGGGAUAGUACAUUUCACACAAAUCAAACAGGUGGCUCCAACAGCAGUGUCCUUGCCGCAGCCUCUCCCUUUUUCAUGCUUUAACAACCCUAUUCAAUAAAGGCAAAAAGGCAAAAAUGAAUCUUAAAUAAUAAUAAUAAUUAUUAUGCAGUGAUGACAUUUUAUAUCCAAAAGGUCAAAGGUCUAAGAUGUGUGUGAAGCAUCCAUGUUUUCACAGACAUGAAAGUAAAGUGCAACUGGACAGAUUUGCGUAGUCAUACAACCACAAAGCGGUAAUCCUAGUUUAACAAUAUAAUUUCUGCUAAAGGCCCACUUACUAUCUUUUUCCGGAGCUUUAAACUGUAUCUCAUGGUUUUCAUCAGAGGAUGGAGUUUGCACAGUUGACAUUGAGUAUGUCACCUCCAGACAUUAAUCAACAGACUGUGAGUUAAACAUUAUUAUAUCAAACUGUCAUUCCCAAAGUCAGGUAGGAACUUUCACACUCUAUUGAUGAGAUUAAUUUAAAUAGUAUUUCUUAAAACUUCUGUUUCUAUACCUGCAAACUGUAAAGUUUCUCAUGUUCUCUGCCUCUGAUGUUUGGCCUUUGAUGGUUUUCCUACAGUUUAAGGACUGAAAGACAAAAACAGAAACUCUGUUAUCGUCUGUUAUUUUGUUCACGUGUAUCUGAUGGCGUUAAUCGGACUCACUUCAACGUGAAAGAGAAGAACCUGUGAGUGUUUAAUGAUACUGAAGCUGUUGUUGUUAUAUUGACAGACUGAAGGAAGUGUGUUUGCGUAUUAAUCAGUGUCCUGCAGAAACCUCACAUCUCCAUAUCACCACUUAUCAUAUAUAUUUUAGUUUCAUCACGUUUAGUUAGAUUACAGAGUUCACUGAUCCGUUAAACCGAAGCAAAGUGUCAAAUGUUUCUGACUGGAGACGACAGGUUUCUGUUCCUCUGCCACUCUGUUACUGAACUACACUAAAAAUGAAGUAUUAGUAUUUAUGUUUAUGCACACAGUUAUAUGAUUUGAAAUUUUAAAAUAUGUGGUUAUAAUCCUGCACGUGGUCAACGUGCACCAGCACAACAAAUCCUUUUAAAACCACUGUAUAUAUAGUAGUAUUUAAUUUUUUUUUUUUUUUACGUUUCACAUCAUAUUCCACACUUUUUUUAUUUUAUUUCCAUGGUUAUUAUCUAUGCAGUAUUUUUGGCAUGAAGUAGACUUUAGUUGUGUGAUGUGUUUGAGGCGGGGAGGUUUAAGGAUGCACCUUCUACAGCGGCCGACGAAACGGCCGAUCGUUUGAACUUUAGGAGAAAGAAGAGAUUCUAUACAGCGUUCACAAAGCUGAGAGUAGACGACUGAGGCUGUUAUCUGAUGCUCUUAUCCAGUGUUUAGAUUUUAGUGAGGCAAUAAGUGCUGCUCAUUUUCUGUUUCUGGUGACAUGUUUACAGAUGAACUCUCCUUAGCUUAAAGCUAUGUUCAUACAUUAAGCUCAGUGUGUCAGAGCCAUGGAUGAUGUCACAGAUGAGGGGAGAGAGACUUUAUUAGGCUGUCUCCACCUCUUACUAUUACCCAAUACUUUUAGCAUAAUGACAGAUUAAGGGCUGCUGAAGUUAGAGGGGACCUAUUAUGCUUUUCUUUAUUUUCUUCAUAAAGUAUUAUAGCCCAAUGAUUUCGGAUGACACGACCAAAGUUUCAAUAAUAAAAAAAAAAUCACUGUGAUCAAAAACGUGAGGCUUCAGACCGUUCUGAAUACGCUGUUUCCAGCAAAUUUUCUACUUUUGUGACAAGUUAAUGUCAGUUUAUAAAGAUUUCAAACACUUUACUUGGAGGUAUCGACAUAAGAGUGACAUGACACUGUCAGGAACUUGUCAGGAACAUUAUGUACAUGUCAUAAAUGUUUAUGACUGCAGUCAUUAAGUUGACAUUAGGUUUUUGUAAUGACAAGUUGACAUUGUUUGGGUUGUCUUGAUUAUGACAACUUGACAUUAACCAGGAUGACAUUACCAGAAGAUGUCUUUGUCAUGACAAUAAUAAUCAUCAUGUCAACUUGUCAUAAACACAAAAAGAGGAGCAUUUUUUGUUAAUGUCAACUUGUCAUGACAAAGACAUCUUCUGGUUAUGUCAUCCUGGUAAAUAUCAAGUCGUCAUUAUAAGGACAUCCCAAACAAAUUUAAUGUCAACUUGUCAUGACAAAGACAACUUCUGGUAAUGUCACUUUAAUUAAUGUCAAGUUGCCAUAAUAAAGACAACCCAAACAAUGUCAACUUGUCAUUACAAAAACCGAAUGACACUUAAUGACAGCAGUCAUAAACGUUUAUGACAUGUACAUAAUGUUCAUGACAGGUUCAUGACCAUGUCAUGUCAUAGUUAUGACAGUGCUAUGUCACUCUUAUGUAGCUACCUUCAAGUAAAGUGUUAACAAGAUUUCUUUAUGUCAGUGGAUCCAGCAACGGGGUCCAAAUUCCUCGUAGUCAUUAGUUGAAGCGCCACACAGUUAAAUAUAUUCGCCGUCAUGUUCGCUCGGUUGCUGUCUCUGUUCAGUAGCUGUCCAUUGGAGUGAUCCAAUUUGACACAUAUAAUAAUAACACAUGAAACAAAUACAAAAGAAGCACCCAGGCAGGUCAGGACAGCAGGUACAAUCAUUUAAGGUGAUUUUUAUUUGACCAUAUUUCUUACAUCAUUCAUUUUAGCUUUAAACAGGCUGCUGCAGAACACUUGAUACCUUUUCACUCGCUCCUCUGUAAACUGAUGCUGAGUGGAGACACUAGAGUCUCACCAGCAGCCCCAUGAGGCUGCAGUGUGAAUUACACCUCAGUUUACAGAAACAGACCUGUUAAAACUCUACAGUAUUGUGAAUAGAGAUGUAAUGUUUUUCUUGAGGAUGGUGCGAGAGGAAAGGUCAAGGGCUUCACCAGAAUCACUAUGUAUCAUCCAUCAGGAAUAUCUACGUCUAAUUUCAUGGAAAUCUCUUCGGUCCAAAGUAUUUCAGUGUUUCCAUCACUUCCUUUAAAAGGAAACCUUUAAACUUUUGGGACAUUUCUGUCUCAUAGUUUGAUUACAAGAUUCAUAUCUGUGUUCAUCUUUACAGCCACUAAUGAAACAAAAUCUCCUCCUUGGUGUUGUAGUUUUACUCUGCGUCAGUUGUUUGGAAACACUCCUGAUAGAAACAGAUUUCAGCCUCGGCUCUCUACUUUGUAGCUUUGAGAGAAACUGGAUCACGUCUGUCGUAUUUUUGCUGCACAUUAACGUUGAUACAAAUACUGUCUGUGGUUCUGAUGCAGCAGAAUAUUUCUAAUCCAAACUCUGUGGAGCUUUUCUGUCACAUUCCUGACCGCUUUUACAUCUGUAUUUUGGAUCAGUGAGAUUCUGCUGAGCUGUUUACUCGUCUGGUUUACAAAGACCUUUUUUAUUUUUGCAGUUUACCAUGUUUAGGUUUACACACUCUUUGGUGGUCAGGGUUCUUGAUGGUGGAUAUAUUUGAGGCGGUGGAGUCUGGGAGGAUUUACCUGCAGCCACUGGGCUGAUUCUGACUUGUUAAAGGAUCAGUCCAACAUUUCAGUGUCGUCCCCGAAGUUAGAUAAGAAGGUGGUUAGCAGCUACUUCUGUUAGCAUCCAGUACAGAUACUCUACUUGGGGAGAGGGCCGAUUUGUUGCAAUAAAACUUUAUUAAAGGAAUUGUCAAAGGAUGGAAAAGUUUAGUGUUUACAUCGGUUGUUGAUCACAGAAGUCGUACGUAUGGCGUGUGCUGUAAAGGUGAUUAAAAAGACCAGAAGUACAGAAUAGUAGUGGGCCGAGGUGUCCACAUAUCUGUGUUGGAUGCUCCACUUGUGUUUUUCAGUAAUUCAGAGCAGGAAAAAAUUGUGGUCGUGGUUCUAGUUAAAACUUUACUGUCACUGUUCAGUCAGUCUUCUACGUUUACUUCACUCCCAGCCAAUGUAAGGGUUUGGCACCAGCUAGUACCAACUCAAAUUCCUGUGAUUCCAGUAAGCAUUUCAUUGAUAAAAAUUGUCAAAAAUCCCUCCAAAAUACCACAUUUAGACACCAAGACCUUGAGGAACACGGACAAGAAUUUAACUUUUCGACAAUUGGAUGGCAAGCACUUAAUGUUCUGGAGACUCCUGAGAAACCCCCUCAUGACAUAAUAUAACUAUGGAAGCCUGCGAAACUGGGCUCAUUGAAUCCACAAGAGUCUCAGCUUUCCAGUCAGACCCAGUUUAUGCAAAUCCAAGGCUGUUACUGGACUCCAGUGUGCAGGAAUAUUUAAUGCAAUAAGUGAAAAUAGCACAUUUAUACUGCAAAUAAGUGCAAAGUUUGUGCCCAAAACUGUAUGAGACUAGCAUAAAGUGGACAUGUGGAGACAUGUGGGUGCCCAGAAAACCCUUUUUUCAUUCAGAUUACUUGAGGUGAGAGGUCAAUGGACCUCUGUGACAUGGCUAUGCUGUUUUUCCCCCGCCAAAAUUUAGCCUAACUUUGGAGCGUAGUUUAGCCCCCUUCCUGGGAAGCUAGCAUAACAUGGUUGGCUACCACUGGAGUCCUGAGGUCCUCUAGGUCCAUAUGAUACCACUCUUAUAGUAUAGUAAACAAUAAACUUCCAAAUUUGCAGAACUACAAAGUUUUGAACACUUUAUUUUACAAAAAAAAAAAAAAAAAAAAGUCAUUUGUGUGUUGCCAGUUAUUGGGGAAAAUAUAGAUCAUGCUUAGUUCUUGCAGUUCAUUCAGCCCAAUUACCUGCAGGUGUUGUGUGAUUUUAACUCACUGGAACAUGCCAACAUUUUGAAUUUGUCUUUGUGCAGGCAAAUAAUAAAUCAGCAUGUUUAAAGAACACAUUUGCCAACAAUAAAUUGAUGUGAAUGAAUAUUUACUUGAAGCUUUUCAAAAAGUAGUUCUAAACUCAGAGUAACAAAGUGAAAUAACAGAAUAGUGUCUGUAUUUUCCUUUAUAGUUUUAUAAGUUAUUUCCGAGACAAAUUCUUAAGAAAAUACAGACUAAAGUGUCACCAAUAGUUUUUCGGAGCUUGUCGUCAGUUGUCAGGAAAACUCCCAGACUCCACCACCUCAAAAUAUCACUCGCUGCCAAAACACCCAGGGUUCAGUCUGUGGGUCGACUGUGUCGAUGAGAUUGUUUUCACAAAUGCAGUUUAUUUUAUUUGAAGUGUCUUCAUCGUUUCAAUCGCUCCUUCAGGAUGAAGAAGAGGAGCUCUGUGUUUCAGACAAACUGAACUCUUCCUGUUUGUCGUCUAUUCAAUAAACUCUUCAGACGGACAGUUGAUGCAUCCACUCAGAUGUUUACUCUCAAUGCAAACAAAAAAAUAAUAAAAUGAGAUGCAUUACCAGUGACUGUUGGAGGAGCCUGUCUGAUCUUAGUGUUUUUUACUAACCAGCGUGUAAAGAGAGACGGCUGCUCUUCUGUUAUUGAAGACAAAUAAAC